AUGAGCCCUGAGAUGUCCGUUGGUGAUAGCACCAGCUGUAGCUCUGAUGCUACUAGUCCGCACCAGAAGUUCGAACAGUCGGUGUCUCAUGAGAGAGCCUAUCGAGCGCUGAAGAGGGAGAAUCAACCUGGUAGUCUAUUCGUUAGAGGACGCCAGACGUUGAUCAUCGACCGGAGAGACAAGGACCGUCAUGGUCCAGAGAAGCUCUUGAGGGAAUACGAGCUCCAGCGUGUGAUCGGGAACGGCUCUCAAGGGUCGGUUUGUGAAGCCGUAUGUCGUGCUACGGGAGACCACCGGGCUAUCAAAAUAAUCCCCAAGUGUGAUGCCGCCCUCAGCGGUGGGACGUGUAGCCUCGAGGAGAUAUCUAUCGUCAAUCGACAGAUGAAGCGUGAGGUGGGCGCUAUGGGGCGUCUGGAUCAUCCUAGCAUCUGUAAACUGUAUGAGAUCUAUGAGGACAGUAUGUCGUUCUAUUUGGUCAUGGAGCUUUGUCGAGGGCCUGAUCUGACCGAGUACCUUCUUAAGGAGCGUUAUCUCUCAGAGCCAGAGGCUGCUAGGAUCCUCAGGGGUCUGCUGUCGGCGGUUAACUAUUGUCAUAGUAAGGGCAUCAUCCAUCGCGAUAUCAAACCUGAGAACAUACUCCUCUCAACGCCUUGUCCGCGGUCACCUGUCAAGUUGAUCGAUUUUGGUUUCAGUGCCCGAGUUUUUCAGAACUCCUGUGCGCUGAAUUCCUGCGAGGGCCAGACUCGUGAGAUCAACUUGGGUGCUCGGAGGGUGUCACGGUUCGAGCUCCGCUACUGUGGCUUGCCAAAGGUGGAUAUCGUCAGCACUCAGCGCGAUGCCGUCAACGACGUGCCUCCUGGUGGGAUAUCAUUGGUCAAUGACUUUGGUAAGGAGGCCCAGAGGCUCCACGGUCUGGUGGGAACUCCCUAUUACGUGGCCCCUGAGAUCAUCGCUGGUCAUCAGCAUCACACUGGGAUGGAUAUGUGGAGCUUGGGAGUCCUCCUUUUUGUACUUCUGGGUGGCUAUCCGCCUUUCAGAGGCGCUACUACCGGCGAAGUGUUGGAAUCAAUCACGAAAAGUCAAGGGAUAGAGUUUCCAGAGAAGUGGUGGGGAAAUGUUUCAGAGGAGGCGAAGGACCUCAUCAGGCAUUUGAUGGAGAAGGACUGUGGUAAACGCUUGACUGCCGCUGAAGCUUGGGAGCAUCCCUGGAUGAAGCGGUAUCGACCUAACGCCGAUAAGGUCCAUCUGAGUCCUGAGACCUUCGAGACCUUCGUUCACGCUAGCAAAUUACGAAAAGUAGCCGUGAACGCCAUUGCUUAUAAUUUGUCGGUGUGCAGCUGCGCGGCGUGGAUCAAGGAGAUCAACAGUACGUUUGAAGCACUGGAUGUGACUGGUUCCGGAACAAUAACCCUACCAGAGUUCCGAGAGGCUAUGAAGAGGGCGAGACCAGGUAUGAGAGAGGCGAAGAUUGAUGAGCUCUUCGCUGGUAUCGACACUGAUGCUAGUGACGCUAUUGAUUACACAGAGUUCUUGGCUGCUGCCAUAUCGCAGGUUACAUUUUCUCGCAUCGACUUGUGUAGAAAGGCGUUCAGGAUCCUCGAUCGACAGCAGAACGGGAAGAUAUCGUCGGACGAGCUCAGGCAGAUAAUGGGUACUGCCCAGCAGGACGAUUUGGAUGAGCAGUCUGUAGCUGAAAUUAUUCGGGAGUUCGAUACGAAUGGCGACGGCUUCAUCGACUUCCAAGAGUUCCUUGCUAUGAUGCAGUCGUAUGAUGUCGGCUCUUCUACGCCUUGA